AUGACGUCGUAUGACAAAAUUAUGGCUGCAACAGAUCCUAAGACACACAAGUUUUUGGGUCGAAAUGUGCGUCCUUUCGACUCUGCUGAAUGGGAGCGUCGUCGUGAAGAGAUCGUGCUUACGGGGUCGUACGCCAAAUUUGCUCAAAACCAUGACAUGAAACAUCAUCUACUGGAGACGGGUACCCGCCUCCUUGCAGAAGCCAGCCCCUUCGAUCGUGUUUGGGGUAUCGGCAUGUCUGCAUGCUUUCCAGAUGCUAGCGAUUCAUCCAAGUGGGCGGCUAGCGGUAAAAAGUUGUUGGGAAAAGCUUUGAUGGAAGUUCGGCGCCUUUUGCGUGAUCAUUCCCUGUCUGGCAAAGCUUUCCCCGCUUCCAAUUCUCCCACGCCCCCCAUUUCGCAGCCUCCUCUCCAUGGACAUCGACGCAUUCAUGAGGUUGCUACUGCUACAGGUUCUUCGCUACGGAAGGACCCGGGCGAAGACCCAGCUUGUCUACGUUUGGACGCUCCGGGGGACCAUGCUCCUGGCGUUCAUCUGGUGGCAUCGACCUCCGCUUGUGCAGACCAGCCUCCUCUUCUCGAACAUGGGCCCGAUCUGGUCGGCGGCACGCUCCUGUUGGACUCGGACUCAUACACCACCCGGGUCCUGCUGCAUGGAGGACCUACAGCCACUUCUCAACUCGCGCGAGUGGCGCUUCUGAACUCUGGGUCUCCUGUAUCCUUCGUUUCCGACUCCGUGGUCACCGCCAUGAUAGCUGCCGGAUCCUUGACAGCUGGCAGCGUUCGUGUUUCGCCCUCUCGUCGUUGGGGUGGGUUUGGUGAU